CCCAUGCUACCUUACCAUGCCCCCAACCACGCGUGCCACGUUUGGUCUGAGCAAAGGUCAUAUUAAGGUCGGAGGAGGCUAAUGUCGCCUCAACGGGCCUACGGCAAAUGUCAGUCGAGUUCGAUGUCAUCAGUCGCGAACCGACGCCGUCUGCGCCCUCUGACUGGACACGGCCCUCCCAUCUCGCUUUCCUUUGCUUUCUUUUUGCGUGCUCAUCUUUGCUGCACGUAAUCAAGAGGGACAGUUGGGGGAGAUGGAAGGGGCACGCCAGUUAUGCCUCGGCCGAACCCUUCUCUUCCCUGCCCUGUACUAUGUAUGUAUUCAUAUCUCUUGCUGCCGCUGCCUUCGUCUAUAUGGAGUAACC